UGCUGCGCCCCCACCGCCACCGCCACCCCACUGCCUGCCGCCUGCCGAGCCUGGAAAUGGCUCCGUCGAGUCUCCCCGGGAGAAUGCACCGGUCCUGCCCAGCCUCCUCGCCCGCCUCUCCGCCUCCUCUCCGCUCCGAGUCUUAGGGGGAGAAACCUUUGAGGAGGCAGAUUCCGAUGUGGUGUGCCGUGCACGUCGCGAGCUGCCGGGGUGUGCACGUCGUGGAGAUCGGUGGUUUUUUUCCUUUUUCUCUUCCUAAUGUGAACGCAGGGAAACGGUGGCAUCGUUGCUUUCCGGAUUUUUGUUAAAGUGCUCGUCGUUGGGUUGCCACGCUCCACCCACAGAGACCUGGUGUGGAAGAAAUUUGAACCCACUUGCCUUAGCACCCAAGAGACCCAGUUUACCCGGCACCUCCCGAGGGUCGAGGAGGACGAGAGCGAAAUGAACAGCGAACUCAUUUUUCAUAGGACUCGGUGAAGCUGGCGUCUGCGUUUUCCUACAUGUGCACGCACUCAUUUUGGGAAAUAGUUGACUGCUGAAUCCUCCGCGCAGCAUUUUAACGCUAAUCAGCAAAUGUUUGGACGUUUUGGUUUCGGCGAGAGAGAAAUCAUUGUACCUACGAGAACUCAGUGAGUUAUCGGCAUCGUUGUGUUACCUCCGGAAAAGAUCUCGGGGGGGUAGAAAAAGCUACUGCGAAAUAACUGACCGAAAAAUUCCUUUGGAAGCUGUUCCGUAGCCAAAGAGCGGAAACUUCAGAGCAAGUUUUCAUUGGGCAAAAUGGGGGAGCAACCUAUCUUCAGCACUCGAGCUCAUGUCUUCCAGAUUGACCCAAACACCAAGAAGAACUGGGUGCCCACCAGCAAGCAUGCAGUUACUGUGUCUUAUUUCUACGAUAGCACAAGAAAUGUGUAUAGGAUAAUCAGUUUAGAUGGCUCGAAGGCAAUAAUAAAUAGCACCAUCACCCCAAACAUGACAUUUACUAAAACAUCUCAGAAGUUUGGCCAGUGGGCUGAUAGCCGAGCAAACACUGUAUAUGGAUUAGGAUUCUCCUCCGAGCACCAUCUUUCAAAAUUUGCAGAAAAGUUUCAGGAAUUUAAAGAAGCUGCUCGGCUGGCAAAGGAGAAGUCACAGGAGAAGAUGGAGCUCACCAGUACACCCUCACAGGAAUCUGCAGGUGGAGAUCUUCAGUCUCCUUUAACACCAGAAAGUAUCAAUGGAACGGAUGAUGAAAGAACGCCUGACGUGACACAGAACUCAGAGCCAAGGGCUGAGCCAACUCAGAAUGCAUUGCCAUUUUCACAUAGUGCUGGGGAUCGAACCCAGGGACUCUCCCAUGCCAGUUCAGCAAUCAGCAAACACUGGGAGGCUGAGCUGGCUACCCUCAAAGGAAAUAAUGCCAAACUCACCGCAGCCCUGCUGGAGUCCACUGCCAACGUGAAACAAUGGAAGCAGCAGCUUGCUGCCUAUCAAGAGGAAGCAGAGCGCCUGCAUAAGCGGGUCACUGAGCUUGAAUGUGUUAGCAGCCAAGCAAAUGCUGUGAAUACCCAUAAGACAGAACUCAAUCAGACAAUACAAGAACUGGAAGAGACCUUGAAAGUAAAAGAAGAGGAAAUAGAAAGAUUAAAACAAGAAAUUGAUAAUGCCAGAGAACUCCAAGAACAGAGGGACUCUCUAACACAGAAACUACAGGAAGUUGAAAUUCGGAACAAAGACCUGGAGGGACAGCUCUCUGACUUAGAGCAACGCCUGGAGAAGAGCCAGAGUGAACAAGAAGCUUUUCGCAAUAACCUGAAGACACUCUUAGAAAUUCUGGAUGGAAAAAUAUUUGAACUAACAGAAUUACGAGAUAAUUUGGCCAAGCUACUAGAAUGCAGUUAAGGAAAGUGAAAUUUCAGUGCCAGUUGAUUAAAAGAUAACUGUCUGUCUUCAUAGGACUGUUUGGGCUCUGCACCAAGAUUGCACAAAAAUUUUUGAAUAUCACUCCUCCACGAGGAGGAUGUUUUGAAAAUUGGAAUUGUAUAUUUCAGUGUAAAUUUUAGAAUUCAGCUUGUAGCUAGUUGGGAAAAAAAAAAAAGAUGAAAAACUUGAACUACAAAUUACCUCCAUGUAUAUUGGCCAUAGUUAACUAGAAAGUUAUAAAUAGACACUUAAUGCAAUCUUUUUUUUUUUGGUCCUGGUAUUAGCCAAUGGGAGAAUUAACAAUGUCUGGAUCCCACCCCCUAUUUGUGUUUAACACAGUGAAGAUUAUCUGCUUUUUAAAUUAAUUUAUUUAUGAUAUCUAGAGCUGUGUUUUGUGCAAAAACUUAGUAACGAAAGCCCUGUCUUUUGUUGUAAUCUGAAUAAUUUCUCAGGAUAUUUUUGCACUGCUGAGAAGCAGUGCCAUUACCAAUUAAUUCUUGCCAGGAGUGAGAGAGAGCUGCAUCGUGAAUUAAAAUCACUAUAACUAGGUGUAUAGAGUUCUUCCCUUUUUUGUACUGGAAGAUUUUUCACUCUGGUGACUACUCUGGUACACUCUGGUAUUCUCUAAUCUUGUCUGUUGUAUAGUUUACUUUUCCAUAUUGAUUCCAUGUAUUUAUGAGAGGAUAUUGUCUCCCAUUUUAUUACACAUUUUAAAGCCAACUAACAAAGGCAGCUGAGUCCCUAAGAAAUUUUUCUUUUUAAAUUUCUAAUAAAUUUGACACACAGAACUGAAAUACAGCAGCCCGUCCUUGACGGUCUAGUCUAGCAAUGUUAAGUACAUUUACAGAAAAUAUGCAGUUACAGUUAUUUAUAUAUUUUGCAAGAAAUCUUUUCUGAAUGAUCAAUGCAUUUCAAUUUAUGAAUAAUAGUGGUUACUAGGGAACUGUUUAUUAUAGAUAAUUUUAAGGUGUAUAGCUAUUUUCAAGGAAUCCAUUUACAUCUUAUAGCUGAUCAGAAGACUGUAUCUAAAUUGUGAUCAUGGCAGAUGGAGAUGGAGAGAUACCCUCUGUCUGGGUCUCUGCAUCAACCACAUCUUUAUUCAAACCUCACAAGGCAAUAUUCCGAACUGUUAACUAGGCACUUCAAAACAGGACAUACAUUCAGCAGGCUCUUCUCAGUGAGCAGGUUUUAAUGUUGUUUUGAUGAAAUUUUAAAAGACUUUUAGCCAACUUGCAUUUCUUUAGAUGCUCUAUUUCUUUUACAAAGCGAUUUUACAAGUAAGCCAAGUGCUGUCUAGUCUGCUUUGGAGGAGGAAUUUCACCAGGGUACACACAUUCUUGCUGUGCAGUGCCUGUGAUGCCGAAGAGCGUCCUCCUCUAGUGUGUGCUGGAGAAUCUGACUCUGGAGUCAUUGAAUGCACCGACUUCUUAUUUGUGCCCCAGAGGAUUGACUUGUUAGUGCAAAAGUAAGCAAACUCAUCAAUUUGUAACCAUUUUUUCACUCAUACAGCUUCUCAACACUAGAUAACUUUGUUUUAUAUUUGUGUAUGUACAUAAAUACAUACAUAUUAAUUUAUAUUAGGGUGAAAAUAAAUGGUUUCUUUCAGAAAUUAGUUUCUACAGUGAGUUCUAGGUGUCUCUGAGAGUUUGCACCGGACGCUUCGUCCUCGUGCGUCACACGUGCUGUGUCAUCAUGCAAGCCGCCUCCAUCUAUCAGGGUAUUUUCCUUGCCUGUUUAUUAUAAGGAGAAUAAUUUAGAUGAAUAUGCUCAGAGCUGAGAUAUCUCUCCGGUAAAUCAGGUAACAAAAUGUAUUUGAUGGAUAGACUUUGAAACAGAUUUUAUGUAUGAGUUUCUGAGUAACAAGGAAUACCAAGUUUUUAAUUUAAAAUAGGAGACUAACACUAGGGUUCAGGGAAUUUAGUUAAUGAAGAGUUUAAAAAAAUGAAAAAACAAAACAGUGUAAGCUGUUGAAAUGGCAAGUGAAUUAUUUUAAUGAUGUAAUAAAAUAUUUUUAAAUUUUGGCACAGUUGUCAUUUGAUGGGAAAAUAACUCACCAAAAUGUCUCCACUUGGAUUGUAUUGAUAAUGUGAGACAUAUGUGUAAUUCAAUAUAUACAUAUACGUAUAUGUAUAUACAGAAAAUUAUUUUUAAUAUUUUCCUACUGAUGUGAAAUUUAAAAUUGGAAAUUUUGUGAGUGUUUUCCGUGUCCAGUAGAGCCUACUAGUUUCUUUUUUAGUGAUCAAACAAUUUCUUGAGGGCUGCACCUUUAAAUUCCCAGAUUGUCAGUAGACAUGUACAGUAUAUGGGAUGAGGUGGACACAAGUGCACACAUAUAAGUAAGACCUUCUGAAGCACUCAUUUACAGUAGAGCGCACAGAUGACCAUCUACGAGUCAUAAAUAAGACCUUUUUGAGACCUUCUGAAACACUCAUUUACAGUAGGAGCGCGCAGAUCAGCAUCUACGAGUCAUGGAUUGUGUGCCUACUGUAGUUUUUUCCAUUCCUGUAUUAUGUAAAUGUUUGCAUAUUAAAGUUUGAUUUUUCCCAGAGAUAAA